AUGCCAGUCCGACCGUUGAAGGACAAAGACAAGUACUAUCCCGGGUCCCCUUUUGGGGAUAAACCUCCUGAGGAGAUGAUGGCUCUAGCAGGCCCUGGUACGGUCACGGCGAUCCAGGGUCUCAGCGGGCCAAUCGUGGAAAGGGAGGUUCAAGCAGGGCAUGCCAUGUACCUGCCGCAAGACGCCAUGAAGCACGUAGAUGCCUAUUUCGAGUAUCGUCAGCUGGUGGGAGACUCUGAUGGAGGGAUGCUACUGAAUGAGCGCGAGUACGAAGAGCUGAGGGAGAAAGCCUCUGAUCCAUCCAGGCGAUUGUGGGUCUUCUGGGUGGAGUCCGAGAGCGGCCUUGAGUGUAAAGCUGUUGGACCCGCAUCCAGCUGCUUCUGUGGCCAUAGAUAUCGAGAGCAUACGUGGGCAGACUACCCAGAAACUGGCAAGUUAAAGUGCAAGAUGGCGGGCUGCCCCUGUCAAGCUUACAGCUAUGUUCCGGUGAAGGGCUCCGGAGACUUGAGAUGUUCCACUUGUAGGCAGUCCUACUUGGACCACGACAAGAAGACGAAGAAGUGCAAUCGUGGCAAAGGCUCCUUUACGUCGUCAUACAGUUGUUCCUGCAACUCCAGCUACGACCGACACCAUACUGCGGUGCAAACGCAGCAAGAGCGCGAAUUGAGUGGGAAGGCCACAGCCACGCCCUGGAUGCAAUCUGCAGCUAGCUCUGGCCUUCCCACGGCCCACAUGGGCGGCAUCAGCGGCUUCACGGCCCUGGCGGAUGGCAUUGACAGGGCCUUGGCGGGCCUGGAGCCGGGGAUCCUCGCGAAGCGCUUCCCAGAUGCCGAGGUGCUUGGCAUUACCCUCUCUCCGCAGCAGGCAGAGCGAGCCGGGAACCUCGCCAAAGAGCAGGGCCUUACCAACGUUCGGUUUCAGGUCAUGGACGCCCUGAACAUGGAGUUCGAAGACAACAGCUUCGACAUGGUUUGGGCAUGCGAGUCCGGGGAGCACAUGCCGGACAAAAAGAGGUACGUGGAAGAAAUGGCGCGCGUCCUCGCGCCCAAAGGCAAUAUGGUGGUGGCUACGUGGUGUGAGAGGGACCCGGUCCCCAUCUUCACGGCCGAGGAAAGGAAGACGCUGAACUUCCUCUACGCGGAGUGGACGCACCCGUACUUCAUUUCCCUCAACAAGUACAAGGAGUAUUUGGAGGGCACAGAACUGUUGAAGGAGGUGGACACAGCUGACUGGACGGAGCAGACGCUACCGGCAUGGCGGCACUCUGUAUGGGUCGGCGUGUGGUCGCCGUGGUACUGGCUGAAGGUCACGUUCAGGAAAGGCCCUGGUGCCUUCAUCGGUUUCCUGCGCGAGGUGUACACACUGGAGAAGUUCCACAAGUCCAUGGUGAGUGGCCUCAUGGUCUAUGGCAUGAUGCGGGCCGUCAAGAAGUAG